AUGUACGUGACAAAAGUGAAUACAGAUUUACAAAGAGAAAGAGAUAAUUGCACGUUCAAUAUAACGGAGUUAACAAACAUUUUGGAUGGAGGUGCUCAAAAGACUGCUGAGAGAAAAUUGCGAGAGGACACAGUACUAAAACAGUUGUACAACACCACUGAUGUACCAGCCAUAUACUUGAGUCACAAAGAGAAAUAUGAAGCUGCUGUCAAGAAAGCAUGUGCAAUGUUUCAAAUGAUUAGAAAGUUACAGGAAGAGGAAAAUGCAGGAAUGGAAAAUUAUCAGGCUCUUCUGGGUGGGUCUCUAGGUUCAGCUAUCCUGGGCGAUGGCAACCCUAUCACAUUGCAUUAUGUCAUGUUUAUACCCACUGUUAUGGGUCAAGGAACUGUGGAACAGCAAGCAUAUUGGAUUGGAAGGGCCUUCAACCUCAGCAUUAUUGGAACCUAUGCCCAGACCGAGUUGGGCCACGGUACAUUCAUCCGCGGACUGGAAACGACAGCUACGUACGAUCCAUCCACCAAAGAGUUUGUUCUCAACUCACCCACACUCACCUCGUACAAGUGGUGGCCUGGAGGAUUGGCCCACACGGCAAAUUACUGCAUCGUAAUGGCGCAGUUAUACACACAGGGCAAAUGUCAUGGCAUUCAUCCGUUCAUAGUACAACUGAGAGAUGAAGAAACGCACAUGCCUCUACCUGGUAUUAAGGUCGGGGAGAUUGGUGCAAAACUUGGCAUGAACGGCACGAAUAACGGGUUUUUGGGGUUCGAACAUGUCAGGAUACCAAGAGAUUUUAUGUUGAUGAAGAAUUCUAAGGUUUUGGAGGACGGCACGUACGUGAACGCACCCAGUUCGAAAUUAACUUACGGCACAAUGAUGUUCGUACGAGUGAUGUUGGUGAAUGACAUGUGCAAUUAUAUAGCAAAGGCGGUUACCAUAGCAACCAGGUACUCGGCUAUUAGGAGACAAUCGCAGCCUAAACCAAAUGAACCCGAACCACAGAUCCUAGACUAUCUAACACAACAGCAUAAGUUGUUGGUAGGUAUUGCGUCUGUACACGCAUUUAAGACGAACGCCGACUGGAUAUGGAAUAUGUAUAAUAAUGUAACCUCUGAGAUGGAGAGUGGAGAUAUGGAAAGAUUGCCUGAGCUGCAUGCUCUAUCCUGCUGUCUUAAAGCAAUCGUGACAGCAGAUGCGGCAGAGUGCGUAGAACGAUGCCGUUUAGCGUGUGGCGGACACGGAUAUAUGCUCGCCUCGAAUCUGCCGGUUAUGUAUGGCCUGGUCACUGCUGCUUGCACUUAUGAGGGAGAGAAUACCGUGCUGUUACUGCAAACUGCUAGGUACCUAGUAAAAUCGUGGCAACAGGCGUCUUCAGGCAACACCUUAACCCCCACCGUGUCUUACAUCUCUCGAGUGGGGAACGGACGUCGUUCUCCACCCUGGGACAACACUAUCGAAGGAAUCGUCGAGGGAUUCUUCAAUGUGUCUGCGGGAAAAAUCGGUUUGUGCGUCGCGCAGAUAGAGAAACGUCAGAAGAGUGGCAUGUCGUAUGAAGACGCGUGGAAUAUGACUUCUGUUCAGCUCAUAUCAGCUUCUGAGGCGCACUGCCGAGCAAUAAUCUUAUCCACAUACUACAAGGAGACGCAAGAAUUAGUGAAGACAGUGUCUGCUGAGUUAAAAACAGUGCUAUUGCAGCUAGUUGACUUGUACGUUGUGUACUGGGCGUUAGCCAGAUUGGGAGAUUUGCUUAGGUUCACAUCGAUAUCGGAGCGCGAUAUUGAACAAUUGCAGAACUGGUACGAGAAUACAAUGAGCAAAUUGCGUACGAAUGCCGUUGGACUUGUCGACGCUUUCGAUAUUAGAGACGAGAUUUUAAAUUCAACACUUGGAUCGUACGAUGGUAGAGCGUACGAGCGACUUAUGGAAGAAGCGAUGAAGAGUCCACUUAACGCUCAACCGGUUAAUGAAAGUUUUCACAAAUAUCUAAAACCAUUGAUGCAAGGAAAACUUUGA